AAUGCUGGGAUAGCCUUCAAAGCUGGUGAUACCACGCCCUUUCCUAUUCAAGCUGAGGUGACUCUGCAAACCAACUUCUUUGGCACCAGAGCUGUAUCAUCAGAGUUAUUGCCUCUGAUAAAACCCCAAGGUAGAGUGGUGAAUGUCUCCAGCAUGGCGAGUUUACGUUAUCUUAAAAACUGCAGCCCUGAACUACAGCAGAAGUUUCUGAGUGACACAAUCACAGAGGAAGAGUUGGUGGGGCUCAUGAACAAGUUUGUAGAAGAUGCGAAGAAGGGAGUGCAUGAGAAGGAAGGCUGGCCUACCAUGGCUUAUGGAGUGUCCAAGAUUGGAGUCACUGUCUUGUCGAGAAUCCACGCCAAGCAGCUGAAUGAGCAGAGGAAAGGUGAUAAUAUCCUUCUGAAUGCUUGCUGCCCAGGAUGGGUGAAAACUGACUUGGCAGGACCCAGGGCUCCCAAAAGUGUAGAGGAAGGGGCUGAAACCCCAGUUUAUCUGGCUCUUUUACCUCCUGGUGUCACAGAACCUCAUGGCCAGUUUGUAUCAGAGAAAAUGGUUGAAAAGUGGGAAGUUUAAUUUGUGAAUCCAUUCUAGUAAUACUUGAGUGUUACACAUCUUGGAUUUGAUUUUUAACUUUGCAUUUAGAAAGAAAUAAAAAUUACAGUACAUUUUGUGCCUUUACUAAUUGUCACAGCUAAUUCCUAUAAGGUGUUCUCUUUGAAUUGCCUACAAAUUAUGUGAGAGAUUUUGUAAUGAUUUGUAAUGACUCAAUAUUUGUGAUAGAGGAAAAACAUGCAAAAUUCAGAUUGUUUAAAUGGAAUAAAAAGUUUUCAAAAAACUACCAAUAAAUCAUUAAGUACUCUGAAA